AUCUUUCAAGUGAAAUUUAAUUAAAUCGCAUAAAAUGGUAAAGGUCUGCGGCGUCAGGGAGAGGGCUCUCGAGCCCUUUGUCUCUGAUUUCUGUUCUGUUCUUAAGAAUUUGUCCAACCCUAGAAAACUCUCUGAGAUUAAACUUCAUUCCGGCGACGUCUCUACUGAGCCGAUCUUACCUCCGGCGACUUAAAAUAGUGCCGAUCUCUGUUGCAGGAACAAACGCCGGCGACGUCACUUUCUCUGGCGAGAUAUGUAAGUACCCAAAUCUUCCUCCCUUUUUCUCCGGCGAGAUCUGUCCCUUUCUUCCUCUUCUUUAUUUGUUUUCGGUAAGGUUUUUCCGGCGAAACUCCUCUUUCUUUAUUCUUCUUUAUUUUCCGGCGAAGCUUUUCGUCUACUUCUUGCGUUUUCCGGAGAAGUAGGUUUGUUCAGAUUGGUCAAAAUCGGAACUAGAGCUUCCAAUAUCCGGCGGUUGCAAGUAGAUUCCGGCGACGUCCAAGCGUUUUUGGAAUCUCAUCCUGAGACCUAAGUAUGCCAUUCUCUUCGUCAAGAAAGAUCGAGCAGCAUAGACGCAGCUUAGGUCUUUUUUUUCCGAAAAGGGAACUAAGGCAAUUUUUAGGUGCAGGGAAAGAAAAAGGCUAGCGAGCCUCUUUCCAGGGGCUUUUAGCCUUUGGAACCUGUGGGACCCUAAAGUCACGAGGGGGUUGAUUGAAGUCUGGGAUCAGCUAGGCUAGGCCAUGACUUUAACGAGUGCAUGGGCAGAGGUUCUCUCGUCGUGAAAGAAGUAAUGAAAGGGAAGCCCGGGGUCAAAGCGCGUUUGUUGUUGCCUUUCACCAUCUGCUUUUCCUCGAGAAUAGCUGUCAUUAAUAUGGAGAUCCCUGUUGCAGAUAGAAUUAGCAGUUUGCCUUACAAUGUUCUCGAGCAAAUUCUGAGACCCUUGCCUUUGCGUGAUGUAAUAAGGACAAGUAUUUUGUCAAGGGAAUGGAGGUACAAAUGGGUAGAAGUAUGUUCAGAACUAGUGUUUGAUGCUAAUGUUGACAACCGUCUCUUGAAAACAAUUAUUUACCAAGUUCUGUUAAUCCAUCAAGGACCACUACGCAAAUUUAGCCUCCUCGCCCGUAACUCUGGGCUUUUCCCUGAUAUUGCUCACUGGAUUCUGUUUCUGUCGAAGAAAAAUGUCCAAGAAUUCUUACUUAGGUGUCCUUGCGACUCGAACUUUCAUCUUCCUUCUCAUUUAUUCAAAUUUCAUGAUCUAAGAAAACUGGAACUUGGUGGUUGUAAAUUCUACCCUCCUCCUGACUUUAAAGCUUUUACCAACCUUGUUACCCUUAACUUGCGGUAUGUGACCUUCGAGCCCACAUGUUUUCAGACCCUCGUUUCAAGUAGCCCAUAUCUUGAAUGUGUAACAUUGGACUGUUGCACACCAUUUGAUAACUUCAGUGUUGAUGCACCUGCUCUCAAAUUCUUUAAAAUUAGCGGAUCAACAAAAUCCAUUUGCUUCGAAAAUACCCCUCUACUUGAGGAAAUUAUAAUGGGACCAAUUUCUAUUGAGAUUUCAAAGUCCUUUGCAGUACCAAAACCUCAGGUAACACUGCACAACAUCAAUCAAUUAAACUUCAAGUUUGUUUACUGCAAUGUGAUUCAGCAGGCUGCAUAUGCGCUUCACUUGAUCAGCAACUGCCCCAAUUUAGAAAGGCUCCGACUUAUGUUUCACAUGUGUAAUUCCUCGAAGCAUGUUGUGGAAUGUUUUAUCCAUCACUUGCGAUUGCAAACUAAGCCACUUAGUGCAUUGAAUCAACUCAAAAGGGUGGAUGUAAAACUGAUGCUGUUUUCUAAACUUGAAAUGGAAUUUGUGCAGUAUGUAUUGCUAUCUGCAACUGCACUCGAGAUAAUAUGCAUUGUGACUUGUGUAAAAUUCAGUCAGAGGGGAAUGAAAAUGAUGGAGAAGAUGAAGCAAUCAUCACCCAAUGUAGAAUUUAUAUACAAAGAAGUGGAUUACAUUACUUUUAUGAACUCAGAAAAAGAGUGAAAUCUCUUGUUUACAACAAAAUUUGAUUUCAAUAGAAAAACUGUAUUAGCAGAUG